CUGAUGGUGGACGUCAGAUUUCGCUGGAAAAAACAUCACAGUUGCUGCUUGUUAGACGUAAUGUUGGACAUUACAAGGACCGUUUUCUUCAAAUGAGACGAAACUGCGUCACUAGACGGUGUCAUAGCGUAUUAUAGUUUUUUUUAUCAUCAGUACUGUCUAGCUUAACGUUAUCUAAGACAGAAAGCUAACGCUAACGAAAGCUAGCCAGCAGGCUAACAAAGCAGGCGUUUAUGAUGAAACACCGUUAACUAGCUUUACGUUACGUGCCCACCAGUUAACGUUAGCUGUUUUGUGCUAUGUCAGAGCAUAAUUCAUAUUGACAGCCAUUGUCCGUUUAGCGUAAUUGUGUUAAAAAGCUUAACCUGCAACAUGGGUUAGCUAAGUUAAAAUCGAACUCACUUCUUCGGUAACGUUAACGUUAUUUGUGUGAUUUAUCACAUUUGCUGUCUGAUAAAAGCUAGCAAACGUCAGUUUACAGACAGUUUUGACAGUUUUGGGCCAGUCAUCACGUAGGCACACAUCGUUACAUAUUUCUGACAAAUACGUCAGUCAGGGAAUUGAUACCCCUGGAGGUCUGAUGUUCUGGACUGUCACUGUCACCGGCAUCUCCACAAGAAAGCCAUGUUAUGAUGGUGCUACGGCGGUUACUGAGAAAGCGCUGGGUGCUGGGAGUAGUCUUCGGACUGUCUCUCAUCUAUUUUCUCACCAGCACGCUUAAACAGGAGGAGCGGACCAUACGGGACCGCACACUCUUAGAGGUCAGAGAUUCAGACCAUCGCAUCCCCUGGAAAGUCCGCUUCAACCUGGGCAACAGCAGCCGACAGAUCACUCAGUGCAGAAACUCCAUCCAGGGCAAGACACUGCUCACAGAUGAACUUGGUUAUGUCUGCGAGAGAAAUGACUUGCUGGUUAAUGGCUGCUGUAACGUCAAUGCCCCCAGCUCCAGACAGUACAUUUGUAAAAGCUGCCUGGCCAACGGCUGCUGUAGCAUCUAUGAGUACUGCGUGUCUUGCUGCCUCCAGCCUGAUAAGCAACUUCUCCUUGAGCGCUUCCUGAACCGUGCAGCUGAAGGUUUCCAGAAUCUCUUCACUGCUGUGGAGGAUCAUUUUGAGCUGUGCCUGGCCAAGUGUAGGACCUCUUCACAAAGUGUUCAACAUGAGAACACCUACCGAAACCCUCAAGCAAAGUACUGCUACGGAGAGAGUCCUCCAGAGCUCCUUCCUGUAUGAGCAUUUGACUUUCUUCCCGGGUUUAUGAGGUAAAGGAACCGCAGCGGGCCAAUAAAAGCGUCCCUGUUAGGACUCCUAAAGGUGCUUGGAGAAGAGACUCUGCAAAUAAACUGCUGUCUUGGACAAUUUUGGGUUAUAGGAGCAAAGAGAUGGACACAUCCAAGACCAACCUCAAAAUGGACAAAUGCUGUAUGUGAUUUAAUUAUUUACACUUCAUAAGUGCAUAGAACGCUUCUUACAUUCAUCCGUGAUGAUCAUCAGGUCUACAUAGCAGGCAGCUUAUCCAUCAGGAUUCGCUUAAAACCAGUUCAUGUCAUUAAAUAGGCUUUGUUUUUAAAGAAGGUAACAGCUGCUUCCUUUUUUAUGUUGGAUCUUAAAAAGAGCAAAUAAUGUGUCAUUACUUCUGUGUGUAGUGCAUGCAUAUGAAACUAUUUAAUAAAAGUAACUGUGAAAUUAAA